GGGGUCGGGUCGGGGUUCGAGUCCGGAUCGGGGUCCGAGCGUAAUCACCACCCCAUCCCAAACACCGGGGCGCGACCUCGCGGGUCUCUAUCAGCCGCUGCCUCCAACUUCAUCAUCUCAACCCAAACUUUAUGGACUUUUGAGUGUCUCGGUCCCCGCGUUUAUGCCCCGACCUCAUCUUUGACCCCGUCCCCGCUUCUCUCCCCCAACCCCGUCCUCCUCUUACGUCUACCUCUCGCUCUUUACUCCCUCCCCUCUUCCCCAUCUCUGCUCCCUCUCUACCUCUUUCCCCCUGCUCUUCCCCGCUUCGCCCUCCUCCACCGCCCGGCCGGAGCCAGGCCCCAGGCGGCGGGAAGGCGGCCGAGCGUCCGGCCGGGCUGGGCCUCGGCCUGGCGGCUGGGCCAGCGUGGGGAGCGGCAGCUGUUUGCCAUUAGCCGGGGACCCCGCAGGCCCCGCCCCUCUCUGCACGGGCGGGGUCCUUCUCAACCCCAUCUUUGGGGCGGGGAGAGGGCGGGAAGACCCCAGAGACAUCCAGGCCGGUCUGCGAGAGGAGCUUUAGGGAGACCCCAUCGGACAUUCGCUUCCCGGACCCUGCGCCGCUUCCCUGAGCUCCCAGCCUUGUCGCCUCUUUAAGUGUCCUAUCUUCCUUUCUCUGUCUCUUAUCUCUUGUCCUCCUCCCUGACCCCCAAGGGUUCCAUAGAGGGAGAGGGGCCUCAAGCCCCAGACAGCCUCAUCCCACCCCCAAUCUUCUUUCUCGACCUGGAGUCACCUGCCCUCUCCAGGGGUGGUCAAAUGUCUGGAGACUCCCAGACCUCAGUCUUUGCCUGAGAAAUGAGUUGAGAGAUGUUGAGUGGGAGUGAGGGUGGCUUGGGAAUCUGACAGGCUUAGGUUCAAAUCCAGGACCAGCCACUUCCCCCUUCAGUGACCCUGAGCAAGUCACUGCAUAUUUCUGUGCCUCCAGAUUCCCAAUCUGUGAAACACCUUGGUAACUACCCAGCUGGUGGGUUUGUCUGAUGACCAAGUGAUUUGCUCAGAUCAUCGUUGUAGUUAUUACUAUUAUUCGCCCUACCCUUAUCCACCUUCAGGGCCUCCCCCCCCACAGGCUAUUCCAAUCCUGCUUCUUGCCUCCAGUCUCUUUUGGGUCCCCAGGAAAUAUUUUUGAUCCUGUUGUGCAGGGGAUGAGCCUUCAGGCAAGUGGAAAACCAAAUUUCCUACAAUCAGUGACUGUGUGUUCCAGGCUUUACAAGACAGAACAGAGGACAGAGACGUGGAGAGACAGGGAGAGUGAAGUGGAGAGAGACGCAGAGAGAGACGUGGAGAGACGCAGAGGAGACGUGGAGAGACGCAGAGGAGACGUGGAGAGACACAGAGAGACGUGGAGAGACACAGAGAGACGUGGAGAGACGCAGAGAGACCAGGACAAGAGAGAUAAAGCAAGACACUAAGCAAGAGACACUCAGGGUGUGCAACAAGACAGCUUGGCAGCCCUUGGAGCCCCAGCCCCGCCUUCAUGCCCGCAGGUGCCCCACCUGGCCCAUCCUCCCAGGUGAGCCUCAGCCUGUGCUGCAGGUGGUCGGAUUCAGGGUCUCUCAGUGAUCGUUGAGGAGCAUCCGCAGCCCAGAGGAUGGCCCAAGUCCUGCAUGCGCCAGCCCCCUUCCCAGGGACCCCUGGCCCAGCCUCCCCACCUGCCUUCCCCGCCAAGGAGACCGACCCUCCCUACUCCGUGGAGACGCCCUACGGCUACCGCCUGGACCUGGACUUUCUCAAAUAUGUGGACGACAUUGAGAAGGGCCACACGCUGCGACGCGUGGCCGUGCAGCGCCGGCCCCGCCUGGGCUCGCUUCCCCGAGGCCCUGGGUCCUGGUGGACGUCCACCGAGUCGCUGUGUUCCAAUGCCAGUGGGGACAGCCGCCACUCAGCCUACUCCUACUGCGGGCGGGGCUUCUAUCCACAGUAUGGCGCCCUGGAGGCCCGCGGCGGUUUCAACCCGCGUGUGGAGCGCACGCUGCUGGAUGCCCGGCGCCGCCUCGAGGACCAGGCGGCCGCACCCACUGGCUUGGGCUCCCUGACGCCGAGCAUGGCGGGCUCCACGAGCUCGUUGGUAGGCGUGGGGCUGCCGCCCCCGACGCCACGGGGCUCGGGACUGUCCACGCCAGUGCCACCCAGCGCCGGGCACCUGGCCCAUGUGCGGGAGCAGAUGGCGGGUGCCCUGCGGAAGCUGCGGCAGCUCGAGGAGCAGGUAAAGCUGAUCCCCGUGCUUCAGGUGAAGCUUUCGGUGCUACAAGAGGAGAAGCGGCAGCUCACAGUGCAGCUCAAGAGCCAGAAAUUCCUGGGCCACCCCACGGGGGUCCGGAGCCGCAGCGAGCUCUGCCUGGACCUCCCUGAGACCCCCGAGGACCCUGUGGCACUGGAGACCCGGAGCGUGGGCACCUGGGUCCGAGAGCGGGACUUGGGCAUGCCCGACGGGGAGGCAGCCCUCGCUGCCAAGGUUGCUGUGCUGGAGACCCAGCUCAAGAAAGCGCUCCAGGAGCUGCAGGCAGCUCAAGCCCGGCAGGCUGAUCCUCAGCCCCAGGCCUGGCCACCGCCAGACAGCCCAGUUCGCGUGGACACCAUCCGGGUGGUAGAGGGGCCACGAGAGGUGGAGGUGGCAGCCAGCACAGCCGCCGGGGCCCCAGCACAGCGGGCCCAGAGUCUGGAGCCCUACGGGGCAGGGCUGCGGGCCCUGGCAACAUCUGGAGGGGCCGAGAGCUCUCCUGUGUUCCGCAGCCAUGAGGUGGUGGAGACGGUGUUCCCCGCGCCCACUCCAUCCACUGGCAAUGUCCACCUGGUGAAGAAGAUCAGCAUCACAGAGCGAAGCUGCGGUGGGCCAGCAGGUCUCCCACAGGCUCCUGCAGAGUCAUCCUUACCACCCCCAGGGUCCGCAGCAGCCUCCCUGGCACAGCCCAUGAAGAACACAGGCCGGGCGCCCACCCUCGAUGCCACCAACAGGGAGCCCACCAGGCAAGCAGCCUCACGUGAGUCAGAGGAGGCCCGAAGUGCAGGCAGGCCUCAGGCAGGCGUGAGGUCCAUCAUGGAGCGGAGAGAGGAGCCAUCAGACUCCGAGGCCCACCGCAGGAGCCUCCAGUUCGUGGGGGUCAAUGGCGGGUACGAGUCCUCGUCUGAGGACUCCAGCACGGCGGAGAACUUCUCAGACGAGAGCACCGAGAACGAGGCCCCAGAGCCCGAGGAGCGGGUGCCGAGUGUGGCCGCAGCCCCACUGCUCAGGCCCCCGGGGACGGCAGUGGCCAAUCCCAGCCGGCAAGAGUGCCAGCUCUCUCGGGAGUGUCAGCGUGUGCCCACAGCUGCGGGGGCAUCGCCAUCAAAUGAGGAGGAGGAGAUCCGGAUGGAGCUAAGCCCCGACCUCAUCUCAGCCUGCCUGGCCCUGGAAAAGUACCUGGACAACCCCAAUGCCCUCACCGAGCGGGAGCUGAAAGUGGCCUACACCACGGUGCUGCAGGAGUGGCUGCGCCUGGCCUGCCGCAGCGAUGCCCACCCCGAGCUUGUGCGGCGCCACCUGGUCACGUUCCGCGCCAUGUCGGCUCGGCUGCUGGACUACGUGGUCAACAUCGCCGACAGCAACGGCAACACCGCGCUGCACUACUCUGUGUCCCACGCCAACUUCCCUGUUGUGCGGCAGCUGCUGGACAGUGGCGUUUGCCAGGUGGACAAGCAGAAUCGUGCCGGCUACAGCCCCAUCAUGCUUACUGCCCUGGCCACCCUGAAGUCCCAGGAUGACAUCGAGACUGUCCUGAAGCUCUUUCGGCUCGGAGAUGUCAACGCCAAAGCCAGCCAGGCGGGGCAGACCGCCCUGAUGCUGGCCGUCAGCCAUGGGCGGGUGAACGUGGUCAAAGCGCUGCUGGCCUGCGAGGCAGACGUCAAUGUGCAAGAUGAUGAUGGCUCCACGGCUCUCAUGUGUGCCUGCGAGCACGGCCACAAGGAGAUCACGGGGCUGCUGCUGGCCGUGCCCAGCUGCGACAUCUCACUCACUGACCGCGAUGGGAGCACAGCUCUGAUGGUGGCCUUGGAUGCAGGGCAGAGUGAAAUCGCAUCCAUGCUUUACUCCCGCAUGAACAUCAAGUGCUCGUUUGCCCCGAUGUCAGAUGACGAAAGUCCCGCAUCGUCCUCUGCAGAAGAGUAGCCGUGAGGGGGGACCAGAGGCGCCUGCCCUCGGGGGCCAGCAAGCCCCAGAGCAAACCAUCCCUCGUCCCUCGUCUCCUCCCUGAUCAGCCCCUACUCAUACCCACCAAGGCCCAAGGCCCAACAGCAAGUGGAUGUUUCUUCUGUUUCCCAGGGGGAGCCCCCAACAGUGACAAGACUCCAGCUUAAAGCGGGUUUUCUCUGGUACCCCAGUUCAAAGCAGCCGCAGUGCAGACCAAAGCUCCAUUCUCAUAUAAAUUGGCGCCAGUGGCUGACGCUGGGGUGUGGGUUCAUGAAGCACACUGAGAACAAUCAGCUGGCAACGGUGGAUGGAGAAGGGUGAAAGGAAAAAAAUACUGUAUUUUUGAAUCAUCGUCGGGGGAGGGAGAAUCAUAUUAACUUGUUGCCAAAUUUGAAAGUCACUGGAAUUACAUAUUUUCAUUUUAAUCCUGAAUGUUAGUACGCGUGGGUGGCGCUCCCUUUGCCCCCCACAUUCAGUUGUCUGGUAUGUAAUAGCAUCUCGUCCACACACCCCCACCCCACCCCAGGCGUCUUUCUUGAGUGAAUUUUCUUCUGGUCUCUUCACAAAACAGAUUCUGUCCUUGUCACCUGAGUCAGGAAAUUCGGUCCUUCCUUCUGCUUCCUCGCUGCCACUGCCGCCCCCAUUCAAGUGGGGGACUCAGGACCCAGCAGUUGAGAUGUGUGAGCAGUUCAUGUCGAGAAGUUACCCCACAAUCCGACCCCUCCUUGCAUAGAGGCCCCCAGCAAAUAUUAUUUUUUCCUAGAAAACCUUGCAGACCUGGAGACGCAGGAAAUGAAUCUAGUUCCCAGAGUGGCUGCUGAGUCCCUGGUCUUAGAACCUAGGUUGUGAGCUGUCCUGGUCCUCCCAGACUCCAGGAUUUUUCCCCUCAAAGGAAAAAAAAACAGGGAAUGUGCUUGUUGGCAGAGCAUGGAGCAGGCUCCAGAAACCCCAUGUGUGCACGAUUAAAAGUUGGCUGCCCCCCGAGGGCUCCCAGCACAAAGUUAAAGAGACAGGGCUUCGCCUAAAACCAAACAAGGGCCAGCUGGGUUUUUUUAACAACCUACAGGCUUUCCGGAGCUGCCUGGAACAGAGCCUGCUGGAAAUGGGGCUCGCCAGACACACGCCGUUUCCUUCACGGCCUGUUUUGUCCCCAGAAUCUCCACAUAGUUUUCUUUCUUGAUGCUUUUGUGAACCAAAAAGAAAGAAAGAAAAGAAAAGGGAUGGGUUCCGAGCCUUGGAAAGUGCCUUGUGACAGGGGAAAGAACCCCUAGCUAAGAAGUGUCCUGACCUCUCUAUUCCAGUUCUCAGCUCUACGCCAGGGUUGACGCCAGACCACAGGAGGACAGAUCAGGGCCUGAGGGCUUACACGUUCAUUCAACAAAGCGAAAUGCUGGCUUCUUUCCUAGAAAAGUGGGUUUCUUGGCUUGGUGGAGUCUGGCCUGCUUCGAUUUUGAUGGAAGGAGUCAAAGUCUUUUAGAUUUUGUACCUAAGACGAGAGGUUAGAUGGCCAAGGGAGGGAGGCACCCCAGAGUGUGCGUGUGUGCGCGUGUGUGUGUGUGCGUGUGCGUGUGCAUGUGCGUGAGCGUGAGAGAAAACGAUCAAAGCUGCUUGAGGAUGUCUGCUGGUAUCUGAUGGGGGACUGCAGCUUUGGGCAGCGGUACGAGGGUUGUGUGCCUGUGUGUCCUGGCCUGGAGCCAGCCGGGUGUGUUUAUUUUAAGCUUCUAGAAGCAGCUCAUUGACCCCCCUCCCAACACACACACUCAGAUAAAUCCAUAUUUGUCCCUGUGUUCCCCUCUCCCCGUACCCCUGGCUUGGUGUGGUGAACAGCAGGGGUCCUGCCUUUGUCCUCAUUCUCUUCUCACAUAUAUUCAUGACCUUUAACUUCACUUUCCAACCACGGUACGUCCAUAAAGACAGUAUUACACUUAAAUGAAGUAUUCUUUUUUGUAAUCGUUUUUUAGAAGGUAAAGGAAUUUAAUAAAGCUACCUUAUGAUAAUGCU